GACUGUAACAAUUGUGGCCAUGAAUAAUUCAAUUACCAACCAGCUGCGAUGUGCCCUGCAAUACAAGAAUGGCUAUAUGAACAAAUUGUUAAAGCAAACUUCUACUGCAUUAUUCUCUUCCAUUAAUAGCAAUCUGGUUGUGAAUGAUAAAUCAAAAUUAGUUUCAAACCCUCUCUUCCAAAGUAAGGGACCAAGCUUGUGUUCAACCCCUGCAUUGUUUUUGCAUAAAUCUCAACUGCAUGUGAGCAACUGCUGUGCUGGGCAACCCCUAACUCAACUAAAUGAGGAUGAAAUUAUGCUGAAAGAAUCUGUGCGGAGAUUCUGCAGCACAUCAGUUGCACCUCUGGUAUCAAGUAUGGAUGAGGCUGCAUCUUUGGAUCAAGGCAUUCUCAAAGGAUUAUUUGAUAAUGGAUAUAUGGCCAUCGAAACCCCUCCUGAGUAUGGGGGCAGUGGACUAUCCUUCUUUGCCUCCAUUCUGACCAUUGAAGAGAUUGCUCGCUUCUGCCCCUCCAUCAGCGUCGUGUGUGACCUGCAGAACACUCUCCUCAACACGCUUUUCCUCAAGCUGGGAACUGAAGAACAAAAAAAUAAAUACCUGCCAAAGUUAGCUUCUGAAUUUACUGGGAGCUUUUGCCUGUCAGAGGCCGAGGCAGGCUCGGAUGCCUUUGCUCUCCGCACAACUGCAUCACAGGAUGGCAAUAACUUCAUCAUCAACGGCACUAAAAUGUGGAUCUCAUCAGCUCCUCACUCUGGUGUCUUCCUUGUCAUGGCGAAUGCAGACCCCGGGAAGGGCUACAAAGGCAUAACUUGUUUCAUCGUGGAUGCCAACACUCCAGGCCUGACCGUCGGUAAGAAGGAAAACAAGCUCGGGCUUCGAGCGUCGGCCACUUGUGAGGUGCACUUCGACAACGUUGUGGUGCCCCGCUGUAACGUUCUCGGCGAGGUGGGGCAAGGCUACAAGUAUGCCAUCGAGAUGCUCAACGAGGGAAGGAUAGGCAUCGGCGCGCAAAUGGUGGGACUUGCUCAGGGCUGUCUCGACGCAACGGUUCCUUACCUGCUCAACCGCAAGCAGUUCAAACAGCCGCUCUACAGCUUCCAGGUACGAACUACCCUCCCCUUCCCUUCCUGCUCAACCGCAAGCAGAUCAAACAGCCGCUCUACAGCUUCCAGGUACGAACUACCCUCCCCUUCCUUUCCUGCUCAACCGCAAGCAGAUCAAACAGCCGCUCUACAGCUUCCAGGUACGAACUACCCUCCCCUUCCCUUCCUGCUCAACCGCAAGCUAAUCAAACAGCCGCUCUACAGCUUCCAGUGUGCAGAAGUGGCAACGCGCGUCACGUCCAAAUGCGUGGAGCUGCUCGGAGGCGUCGGUUUCACCAAAGACUUGCCCGUCGAGAAGUUCUAUCGAGAUUGUAAGAUUGGCACAAUAUAUGAGGGCACGUCGUUCAUACAACUCAAUACGAUCGGCAAGAUUGUUGGCAUGGAGUAUACCAGAGACGCCGUUUAAAUCGGUUCCAGGGUGACUAUUGCUAGCAGUUUUAGAGCUUAAAGGGCGUUUGGAAAUCAAUUCCAAGUGUAACUUCUAUUGCGAGAAGAGCGGGAAGACUCUGCUGUACUGAAGCAAGCUGACGAAGAAAUAGAAAGGAAAAAAAGAGACCGCAUCACAUCUUGUGAAAUGCUCUACUUCUCAACAUGAAAUCAUUCAUCACACAUGAUUAUAGCCAUGCUACACUAAAGUUACAUGAUUCAAAUUAUCAGUUUUUGACUGAUAGUGUAAUCGAGUCUUGGCUUGGACAAAACGCAUGCCACGUUACUCAAGCAUGACGAGCUUGUCCUGCUGCAGCAAAAUCAUUAGAGUGUGCCCGUGAGGCUCUCCGAACAACUAUAUAUGAAGCCCGUCUCUUGGUUAGAAAUGUUAGUAAAGUUUCAGUAGAUUUUGUAGCGUAUCAUUUUCAAUUCAUGCUUAGCUAUUUUGAUAGAUUACAGUCAAUUUCUUCGCUUUGUGAAAUGCAAAAUGAAAAAUUUAUAUUUGUUCUGCGUUAAUAAAUAAUUAUUUUAGAAAAUAGUUUUCGCCACCCGUUGGAGGUUGAGUAGGAAAUUGAGUGACAGCUCAUUGGGGCGAAGCAAUUCAAGGGUUGAACUGCCGUCCACGACCAGCCAAGAGAUUGCGCCCUCGCGCUCCGUGAUCGAUACUUACACAAUCAAUUGGGCAAAUGUGGUGCAAUAAACCUUGUACCUGCCGAAUAAAUAAAAUAUCCUUUAGGAAGCCAUGGCAAUUGAGCUGCUACUGUUGAGCUCACGGAAGAAAGUCCCCGCAACUUCACCGGCGGCAAAUUCCAUGUGUACGUUGAUUGGGAGUUCUUGUAAUUACACAGUCCCAGACAUUGAGGUCGCUGGUAAAACUGUUCAGUUAUGUACCAUUUUUCUCCGACUGAUAGUUACGAAUGAUCGAUAUUCAUGAGCUCUAACUUUUCCUUUUUUUCAAAUCCGUAGAAUACAGUCCCAAACAAAUUAUUGGAGAAGUCAUCAAUUGGACUCUUUGAGUUUCCUAUUAUUAAUAAUUUAUUUAUCCAGUAUGAUUUAUUUAGCGUCCGGCAUUCUAUGGAAGUGCUCUCUAUGUACUGUGUUUAACAACGUGUGUUCCUCUCUUGUUCGUCGAGAUUUUUCAGUUUUUGAUCAUUUCAGAAAACGUCUGGUAGGGCGUGACAGUGCAUAACCGCUGGCUUUUUAUCUUUUUUUCUGGCUGUGGUAUUGACAUCAUGAUCGUUGCUUUCCUGCUAUUGGGUCAAUAUAGUUUCUCUAAAACAAGGUAAACAACUAAGUCUACUAUUCAUCAUUAUUAUUAACUCCACGAUGAAAAUAUACGUGGCAUUUGCAGCUCGGUGGAUCGCCACUCACAUGACGUACAGGACGUGAGGCGCUCAAUUAUAAUGUUCUGUGGUGUUCAUUGUUACAAAUGCUAUAGAAAGAUCGCUGAAGCAAA